AUGCCGCUAUUGGGCCACCGCUACAGAUACGUGUCGACGAUCGGGACGGGACGGUUUUCGGACGUCGUCCGGGCGCAAGACACGUUUAGACCGGGGAGAUCGGUGGCCGUCAAGGUGAUGAACCUCGGCUGCGGAGCUAUCGGCAUCCGAGAAGUGAGGUUUAUGAGAUUCCUCAGCUCCGUGCCCCAUUCCGAGUUCCGACCAGUGGUUAGGCUUCUCGAUGCUCUCACCUACCAGGGGCACUACUGCCUCGUCACCGAGCUCUUCAGCGGCACUCUGUCUCUCUCGGCUGUUGGGAGACUUGGGCAGCGCCAUCCAUCGCAGCGAGACGUACCUGUUUUACGGAGACUUCCAGAUGCAGACGCUCGCCUACAGGGCACCAGAGGCAAGGGGGUGUACCUUGUAGCGGUGCUCAUGGGGUGUCCUUUUGGACCAGCUGUUGACGUUUGGGGCGUGGGUGUCAUUCUUCUGGAGCUCCUGCUAGGCCGGCCUCUUUUCGACACCGCCGGCUCGCGCGUGGCCUUGGUACACCAGACUGUGUGCGCCUUGGGGCCGAUGCCGCUUAGGCGUUUUCGAGUCGGCCACUACUUCUCCGAGUACUUCCCUAAGGGCAUGUCUUUGCAGGCAGGAAUACCCACAGCCAACUCCGGAGACGAACACAUGAGGAUGGGCUGCUGCUCUUGCUGCUGGAUAGGAGUCAGGCGUUCACCGGACGAAGACCCCGACGUCAGCUCCUGCGACGGCUGUUGCGCUCUAAGGUGUCGUCGUCUGUCAGACAUGCGUGGCGAUGGAUCGGCGGCACCUCUUGCAGCAGCGGCCGCCGGGCGGCGAGGGCUCGGCCCCCCCGCCGGGUCCACGGGGUGUUCAAGCUCGGAGGCCUGCAUUUCCCGGCUCAUCGGCGCGCCUCCGCCACCACCACCACCACCGCAACAAGCCCCUGCUGCCGCGGGGCAUGCAGCGGCGGCCGCCAAUAGCGCGUCCGAGCACCACCAUCGCCAUCGCCAACACAGCAACCACCCCCGCCUUGCCAGACCGAAACCCCGCCGUCCCCCCAGCGCGACGACCGCCGUCGCCGGGCAGAAGAACAAGCGCCUCCUGAGCCUCAUCAGCGGGCUGCUUCGCUACGACCCCGACGAGCGGCUGACCCCGGCACAGGCUCUGGCCCACCCGUUCUUCGGCGAGACACUCCCCUUCGAAGUCCUGCCGCCGACGGCCGUCGCACCUGGCCUUGGCCAGACUUCCGGAGGCGGGGGAGGGGGCGCCGCGGCUGCGAGAUGCCGAACGGCGGAGCCUACCGCACCGGCUCAGGGCGGGCACCACCGAGACCGACGACAACCCCAAGGUCCUCCGCCAACGGGUGCUGCAACACGCCCCGUCGCCGCUUCGCGGCGGCAAGAAGAAGAAGCAGAACCGGCGCGGAGAAGAAGCUUGCCCGACGGCAACGGCGUGGUCGACAACGGCUGGCAGCGGGCGCGGCACGAGGAGGCGACGACAUCGACGCACCGUAGCGGUCGGACGACGACGAAAUCGCCGGAAAUAUCUAGCAGCGGUCGCGUCGACGCCGGUGCCGCCCGCGCCUCGCCCGCCCGCGUAGUUUCGAUGGCGACGCCUUCCCGUCGUCACGACGACAACGACGCCGGUUCUCGUACCAACGGCACCUCUGAUGUGCCACCACGCCCGACCGGGAGCUCCUCCGGCGCUAGUAAUAGCAAAGAAGAGGCGGAACCGACCGCGCAGCUCCAACAGCUAGCAGAAAUGGCGGAGGUAAUCAUCAAGGAUAAUUCCCGCUACAGCCGCGGCCGAGCAGGCGGCACCGGAAACGGAAACGGAAACGGAAACGGCAAUGGCAACGGCAGCGCGCCGGCGCCGGUGCCACGUCGAAACCGCUUCCUGAACGCUGAACGCUUCGCCAGCCUAAAGCGCGAAAGUUCGCCGGCCGAACCCGAAGUUCCCGCAGUGUCUGGAACGCCGACGGAGGAGCAGCGGCAUCACGCCCAGCCGCCGCCAGCUGCUGCGACAAGAGGACGACGAAGACCCAACCGCUUUCUCACUCCCGCCACUCUCGCCAUCCUCAAGCCCGACCUGGGGGUUACAAGAAGACAACACGCUGACGAUACAGCGGCGGCGGCGGCGGCGGGGGGGUGGGCAACGUCGUCAAAGGCGGCAACAUCAGAGGCGAGGGAGGUUGACAAGGCGGGCGGAUAUUCAGGCUUGUGCGCGCAGCGAACAACUUCGGCGUCGACAACCAAGGCAACACCGCCGCCGGCGGCACACCAGGAUCCCUCGAGUAUGGAGAAGGUGAAACGCCUCUCGUGGGAAACCCCGGGAGAGGCGGCGAGAAGAGAAGCGGUGGUGGCGGCUACGCGGGAGCCAGAGGACGGGAGGGUAAAGCCCGCCGCCGCUCCUAGCGUACAGCAGGAGCCCUGUGCUACAGGGCGAAAACGCGCAAGGAGGUCGGCAACGGGUGAUCGGGCACGUGCUGCCAACAAAGGCCAAGGACCUACGAUUCCUUCGAGGAUGCGGGAGCGGGAGCGGGGGAGGAGCACCACUCCGCGAAGAGCGGCCAUGGUCGCGGAAGCGGCGAUCAUACGUCUGAGAGAAGACGACGAAUCGUCCGACGGUUCUCUGUCUCUGUAA